ACUAGCUUCAUUCACUUUAUUUUUCUUAUAGAAAACUAUGUGGUGGCUACAGCUGGAGCCUGGGUCCUCUGCACAGAAACUCUGGUGUGGGUCUUUACAAGAUGGUCAGUGAAUUCCUAGAAAAACAAAAGAGGCUUUAGUUGUAACCAAACAGACUGCUACCCUUUGCUUUGCCCGGCCUAUGCCUAACAGGGUGGCGGGGCAGGAAGUACCUGAUACGGAGACUUGGUGAACACCGUCUCUUUCCAGAGAUCAGGAGUGAGAUAACUGUAGGUCUUGGAAAUGGCAUCAAAAGUGGCCUUGGCUGAAAAAGGGAAAAUAGCAGAGGAUUAGUGAACUGACCCGAGAUGAACCCGCAGUUACAGCAAGAAGCUGUCGCACUCCUAGGAACAGAGAGGCCACUGUGGGCCAAUCUGUCGUGCAUUAGGAGAGCCUUCCUCUCUCUCUCAAAAUACACCAACCACACAAAGAAUGUGACUGAGCAGAGCUGAGAGAAGCCAGAGUCUACAUGUGGGCCACCUACCGAAGUUGCCCAGCGUGGCAGUGCAGCCCCUGGCAGAGGUGUAGCAGUCGUCAAUUCCAGCCAUCAUCAGUAGCUUCUUGGGCACAGGGGCUGAGACGAUGCCAGUGCCCCUGGGGGCAGGGAUGAGGCGCACCAGCACAGAGCCACAGCGGCCAGUCACCUGGGAAGGAGUAGAGUCAGGAGAUGGGCUGGAGAGUCUGCACCACUGCAGGCCCUGCCACGCACCACCAUCCAGCCUACCUUGCAAGGGACGGUAUGGGGCUUGCCGAUCUUGUUCCCCCAGUAGCCUCGUCGCACGGGGACGAUGGAGAGCUUGGCCAGAAUGAUGGCCCCACGGAUGGCAGUGGCUACCUCCUUAGAGCACUUCACGCCCAAACCAACAUGUCCGUUGUAAUCCCCGAUGGCGACAAACGCCUGCAAAGAGACUGAUGUGGCUGGUGGUCCACUGCCCUUCAUAACGUCAGUAGCCACCCACCGCACAGGGUCUGUUGUGCCCCUCAAGGAAAGACUGGCCACCAGGAGACCUAUCUGAGAUCCUGAGGAGAUCCUUUCUCUCUCUCCCCAUUACGAAAGUCACACGCAUGAACACAAGUGCAACCAUGCAGAGCUGAGAGAGUCUCACAAAAGCCUUUGAUAGAAACAGCCUAGGAAAAUAAGAUUGCUGGGGUACCUUGAACCUGGUCCGCUGGCCAGCACGGGUCUGCUUUUGCACAGGCAUGAUCUUCAAAACCUCGUCCUUGAGAGAUGCCCCCAAGAAAAAGUCAAUGAUCUCAGAUUCCUACAAGAAAAAAAUUUGUGACAAAACUUUAAUAAAACCAAAGGUGGAGCCUAGGACCCCUCAAUGUCCAACCAGUGACAAAGCUCCCUCGACCCCAGCCAGGCCAAGGCCCCACCCAAGAAAAAGAGAACCUAUGUUUACCUUGAUAGGCAAAGAAAAGAGAUAGAUCUCCUCCAAGGACUUGAUCUUCAUGUCCUUAACCAAGCGGCCCAGCUUGGUGACGGGGAGCCACUGGAAGAAGAAAAGGCGCAGCAGGUGCCCAGGACCGCCUUCCCGGUGCCGUCCAAGUGCCCGCCUCACGCGCAUAGCGCAGACCUACCUCCUUGUCCUCGGCCUUGCCUCCGCGAGCUCCGCGGCCUCGGCCCCGGCCCCGACCGCGACCCCGGCCCCGGCCCCGUACGCCGCUGCCGAAGCCUCCGCGGAAGCCACCACGGCUUCCCAUGCCAGGGCCCCCGGGGCCUCCGGGGCCUCCGGGGCCUCCCGCAGCACCGGCGUCAUCCGCCAUUUGCUAAAAAGAGUAACAAGAACCAGCCGGUCAGUGAGGCCCUGGCAUCUACGGACACCUCGGACGCCCAGGCCGGGCUUCAGCCCCACAGCGUGGGCGCACCAGCCCGGACCCCGCCCGAUGGCCGCGGAUUCCCACCGCCCAGGCCCACCGGCCGCAGCUACUAACGUGAACACUCACGUGUUUCUACGGAAAAAAAGAAGGAAGCGUCCCCCAAGGGAGUCUUUAUAUAGCGCCAAGCGCCGCGAGAUCUCGGCUGCCCCACCCCAAUCGCUCUUGCGCCAAGGGCCUAUAAAACGGCCUGUGAUUGGCUCCGAGGGGCCCCGCCCCCGCCGAGCUCGGCGAGUGCCUGCGUGUCCGCGGCCCCGGAAUCUGCGCGACUGGGACGCUGCUAUAAGGGACAGCUCGGCCUCUACCUCGUCUUCUCCGGCUGCAGGAUGCCUGGAUGCUCAGAGCCUGAGGCCGACGCCGCCAUGACCGGGGGGGGAAGGGGGGGCUCUGCUUUCGUUUUUCAAUAAAGCUGUUGAUCUGAUUCAUCCGUGUGUGGGUGUUCUUGAACCCCCGACUACCAUCCUGGAAAACGCAUGUGCUGACGUGGGAACCGAGGUGUGCUGUGGAGGGAGACCUUUGUGGGACACCUUCCUGGCCAGCUCAACUCUGCUUUGGAUGCCACGCAGGGAUAGAACCCGGUCUUGAAGGUUGGCAAGUGAUUUCUAAGAUCCCACCCUCUAAAAGCGGCAGAGCCAGAGUGGCGGGUAUGAUCUCAACCUCUUCACCAGCCCUCCCGACUGCAACUUCCUGUGCUCUGUCUGCCAUGGAGUUCUCAAGAGGCCGAUGAGGUUGCCAUGCAGCCACAUCUUCUGCAAGAGGUGCAUCCUCCCGUGGCUAGCCAGGCAGAAGACCUGUCCGUGCUGCAGGAAAGAGGUGAAACAGAACAAGAUGGUCCAUGUGAAUAAACUCCGGAAGCUCAUUGGCCGCCUGGAAGUCAAGUGCAAGAACGCCGAAGCUGGCUGCCUGGUGACGUGCCCCCUGGCCCAUCGGAAGGGGCACCAGGACUCAUGCCCUUUCGAGCUGAUGGCCUGUCCCAAUGAGGGGUGCACGUCGCGGGUGCCUCGUGGGAACCUGGCUGAGCACCGGCAGAAUUGCCAGCAUGGUGCCCAUCAGCGCUGCCCCCUGGGCUGCGGGGCCACCCUGGGCCCGGCCGAACGCGCAAGCCACAACUGCUACCGUGAGCUGCGCAAGGCCUGGUGCCAGCGCCAGGAGCGCAGCCGGACCCUGGUGCUGUGCCUGCUACGGCGCAUGCGCAAGGUGUACCGGUCUGCCAACCACAUCCGCCGGCAGCUGGCCCAGCUCGGAGAGUUACUGGAGGAAGAUGACGCCCUGCUCUUGGGCGCCCCGCAAGAGGAGGCUGAGGCCCCCCCCAGAAGGCAGCAUUGGGGCUGAGAUGUGGGGGGCCCAGGGCCAAGCUACCUUGUAAAUAGGAGAGUAAAUAAACGCAGAGCCCCGGCCUGGCCGCCUCA